AUGUUUAUAUUUAGAGAUAAUCCCAUAGUUUUAAAUACUCCCUUAGAUGAAUCCCAAGAAGAGUCGAGAAUCCUUGGAGCGGGGCAGCACACAUUUCCUUUCCAGCUUCAGCUACCCAACGAUCUACCUCCAUCAUUUGAAGGCGCCUAUGGCUACAUAAGAUAUUGGGCCAAAGCAACAAUAGACAAACCAUGGAAGUUUGACCAUCAUACAAAAAGAGCGUUUACAAUUAUACCCAACCUGGAUUUGAACCAGGAACCAGGAGUCUCCGAGCCUAUCCAGUACAGGGGUGAGCUAAGAACGGGCUGCUGCUGCCUGCCAUCAGGGCGGUUUAGCGGGUCUAUAACCACCAACCGGAAGGGAUUCGUUCCGGGUUCGGAGAUCAGCCUCUGUUCUCAGAUAGAGAACCACAGCGGGUCAACGUGCUGGGCGGAGGUCAAGCUGAAAAUGGAUAAAACAUGGCUUCGCACACAACAUUUUUAUGCUGGCAUCAAGCUUAGUGAGAAACUACGUCAGCCAUCAUUCAAGUCAAGCAACUGCAACGUCAUCAACCAUAUUACCUACAUGGCAGGGGGAAAAUUUAAACAGGAGAAAAAAGUCGUCAGCACCGUUUACAAGGAACACAUCCCGCGGGGCAAAACCUUCACAUGGAACGACAAGAUGAGGAUCCCCCCACUACCCCCGUCCCACCUGAAAGGGUGCAAGCUGAUGAAAUCGCAGUAUCUUUUACAGUUCCGAGUUGGAUCCGAUGCCCGGUGCUCGUGGGACGAGGUUGACUACGAAGAUGAAAUAAUUAUUGGAACCCUCCCACUGGCAGCCAAGAUAACCGCCACCCGCGCCCUGACCAACUACCAGACCGUUAACGCCACGUCACCACCGGCAGAGAAAGACGCCGAGAGCAACGGUAAACCAAGCUACGAAGAGUGCGUGUUGUUUGGGCGUGUCAGCAUCAAGGACAAGGACGACACAGAGCACACUCUCGGUCAACUCAUCUUCACGCCACUCUACGCUUUCUACUCACCCAGGUCACAACUCGCACGUGCCUCUCUGGGCAGCUGCUUAGAGUAA